AUGAAAGAUGCACCACCGGCAUCAAAUAAAGAACCAUAUAAAUGUGGGGAAGGAGAGAAGAACUUCUACAUCCCACCUGAUUCUACAGAUUUCAAUCAAUAUGGACGAUGUUCAGAAUGUUUUACAAAAGCGUUACAAAUUUGCCCACCGGAUUCGUUUGCACGACCGCCAACACGUAAAACUAAAUCGGGCAUUGUGUUAUACGACUUGAAUAAUGUAACAUUGAACGAAUAUUUACUGAAAAGUCAUCAUACAUUUACUGAUAAUCGAUAUGGGGGUUUAACAUUUGGUGAACAGAUUGAAGAUGAUUAUUAUAAUCGCAGUCAUGCAUUAGUUUGGUUCAAUAAUAAAGGUUAUCAUGCAUUACCAUCCUAUUUGAAUGUGAUGAAUAAUUUAAUACUUCGUUCGAAAAUAUCCGAUCCUAGGACUGCUGAAAAGUUCGGUAUUUCAACUUACAGUCAUCCAUUCACAUUGAAUAGUGAUUUACUAUCUCGACAAUCACUCGAACAACGUAUAUCAGAUUUCGGUGUUGCUAUUACGGUUCUAUGUGCAUAUUCAUUCGUCCCAGCUGCUGUGAUCUUAUAUCUUGUGAGAGAAUAUGUAACACAAGAGAAACGUCUGAUAUAUAUCUGUGGCGUCAAACCCAUAGUCUAUUGGUUAUCGACAUUUAUAUGGGAUUUUAUUUAUUAUUUGAUUUUAAUCGGUUUAACAAUGCUUCUAAUUCGAAUAUUUAAUAUUUCCGCUUUCAAUUCUCGUCCUAUGACAACUCAAGCAAUAUUUUGUCUAUUACUUCUUUACGGAUGGUCAUCGAUACCAUUAGUCUACUGUAUAGUUCGAUUUUUCAAAGACACCGGCACUGCUUUCAUGGCUGCAUUCUGUCUUUGGAUGUUCUCGGGAAUUAUUACGUGUAUAGCUGAUCUAAUGUUAACAUUAUAUUCAUGGGUACCUGGAAUCGUACGUGUACAAACGAUUCUCUCGCGGUUUUUCCUGGUAUUUCCACCUUAUUGUCUCGGUUCCGGACUUGUUCAUUUGAUGCGCAAUGAAUUGAUGGCCGAUUUCGGUCGUACGAUCGAUGCUGAUCUCUACGUUAAUCCGUUCACAAUAGCACUCAUCGGUGAUCGAAUUAUAGCAAUGAUCCUCAUCGGUAUAAUUGGAUUAAUCAUAGCGUAUGCUCUCGAUUUGGACAUUCGGUUACCAAAUUUGUUCUACAAAAUUCCACCACCGGAGACAUCUAUCGAUAGAGAUGUUAUGGAAGAACGACAUCGAAUCUUGUAUUCGAAUGAAACCAAUCAUGAUAUUUUACAAGCUAAAAAUCUCACAAAAUGCUUUCGACGUGCAACUGGUCAGUCAUUGCUGGCAGUUGAUCAUUUAUGCUUUGGAAUAUCCAAAGGUCAAUGUUUUGGUCUACUGGGAAUCAACGGAGCUGGUAAAACGACUACAUUCAAAAUGAUCACCGGUGAUGUUCAUCCGACCAGUGGUGAUUGUCUUCUCUAUGAAAAACAAAUCCGUGAUCAAGCACGCGAAUAUCCAGGUUCAAUCGGUUAUUGUCCACAGUUUGAUGCUGUCGAUGGUUAUUUAACAAGUCGAGAAGCAUUGAUGUGUUAUGCAAAACUGAUUGGUAUAACUGAUCGUGAACAUGUUGUCAAUCUAACAUUGAGAAAAUUUCAUAUGGAAUCAUUUGCAAAUCGAGUCAUACGAACGUACAGCGGAGGAAUGAGAAGAAAAUUAUCAGUUGCUGUUGCUAUGUUGGGUCAACCAGAUUUGAUUCUUCUGGAUGAACCGACUAAUGGAAUGGAUCCCGGAAAUCGUCGUAUCGUUUGGAACAAUAUAAUCAACGCUAAAAAACAGGAAAAGGCCAUUUUAUUAACCUCACAUUCCAUGACGGAAUGUGAUGUAUUGUGUUCACGGUUAGCGAUUAUGGUUAAUGGACAAUUUAAAUGUUUUGGCACGCCACAACACUUAAAACAUCGAUUCGGUACAGGUUAUUAUUUAAAAUUGCGUGUCGAACAUGAAUCAUCAAUACAAAUUGCGUCAGAAAUUAUUCAUCAAUAUCUUCCUGACGCGAAUAUGACGGAAAAACAUGGCACUCGAUUAGAAUACAAUAUUCCGAAGUCAUACUCCUUAUCAAAAAUAUUCGGUUUUAUCGAAACAAACAAAUCUCUAAUGAACGUUAUGGACUAUUCGUUGUCUCAAACGACACUUGAACAUGUUUUUCUUCGUUUUGCCAGUAAACAACGUGAUAAUUCCAUUGUUAACCUUGAAGAUGUAGUCAUCGAUGAUACAGCAUCAAUAUCAUCAUCGACUGUUCAAUCAUUUGUUCAAACAACUGACAAAGCGAAUAAUACAUUUUCGCGUCGUUCACCAUCGUUAGUGCAAAAUCAAAAUGACAAUUCGUCUCAGACAGCUGCUGACAUACGUGAAUUACCCGUUAUUGACAGUUGUACAGAUCUUGUACUGAAUGUCGAUCGUCCGCCAUCGUCAACAUCAAAUAUUUCAUCGCAGCAAGAUGAACAUGUCUUUCGGAUCUAA